AUGAAUACUAUCCUCACACCUGUUUUUAAUAGGCCAAAUGCUGGCAUUGUUCCACCUGACCUUGGGAACAAUCAAUGGGAGCUCAAGUCCAAUAUUAUUCAGCUGGCUGAAAGAGAAAAAUAUGGAGGAGAGGAUGAUGAAGAUCUGCAUAGAUUUGUUGAUAGAUUUUUAAGAAUCUGUGAUUCCACAAAGCCUCCACAUGUUUCAGAUGAUGCCAUACGGUUGAGACUUUUUCCUUUUGCUGUUAAGGGAAAAGCUCUUGAUUGGAUGGAAAGACAACCUGCUGAAAGCAUCCUUACUUUGGAAAAUUUGUCUGAGAAAUUCUUUGCAGAAUUCUUUCCCAUGGAAAAAUACAAUAACAUGGUGAAUGAUAUCACAUCAUUUAAACAACAUCUGGGAGAGACCAUCUGUGCUUCUUGGAAUAGAUUUAAGGCUCUCAUGAGAAAGGUUCCUCAUUAUAACCUAUCUCAAGGCGAUCAGGUGCGGAUUUUCUUCAAUGGGUGUCUGCCUGAAACCAAAUUGGUUGUGAAUACUGCAGCAGGAGGUUCUUUGGGAGACAAACUAGCAUCUGAGUCAUAUCAGCUGAUUGACAAAUUGGCUAAGAAUGAGAAUGAGACAACCUCAAGGAUGGGAAAAAGAGGAGUGGUGCCAUUAAGUGAUCAUGAUGCAGUCUUGGCUGAGCAAAAAAUAUUGUCUCAGCAGAUGACUAAUUUGAAUACCAAAUUUGAGAGGAUGCAGUUUUCUAAAGUUCAAGCCAAUGCUGUUAAUGUUGAAUGUGAAUACUGCCAUGAGAAUCAUGAUACUAAUGCUUGUCCAACACUGAUGUCUUCAGAUUCUUCUCAACAACUGCAAGUAAAUGGUGUUUGGUAUGAUCAGCGUCCUAACCAGCAAAAUUACCAAAGAAGGAAUUAUCAAGGCACUGGUUUAGAUAUGAAAUCUGAUAAUUAUUUGAAGCCACCACCUAUUCCACAAAGAGAGCCUUCUGAUUUGGAGCGGUUAGUUGGAUCUUUGGCACAGAGUACUAAUGCUUUCAUGGAAGAUAGUAGAGCUAAUCAAAGAAGUACCAAUGCUUUCAUUGAGGAGAGUAGAGCUGAUGCCAGGAAUACCAAAGCUUCAAUUAAGAACCUGGAAAAUCAGAUUGGUCAGCUUGCCCAACAAUUGUCUGACAGAGCACCAGGUACAUUUCCUGGCAAUACUAUCACUAAUCCUAAGGAAGGUUGUUUGGCUAUCACCACCAGAAGUGGUAAAGUGGUGGCAUCUCCCCAAAGCCUAUCAUUGAGAAGGAGGAGGAUGAGAAAGUUGAAGAGGUAG